GUCCAACAAAUCCACUGAAUUUUAUUAAAAUUAUAACUGAAAAACUUUAAAAAGAAACGGCCUAGUCGUGCCAACCACGGUCUUUCCUCUUGCGACAAUAGUGGGCAUAAAAAUAAAGAUGGCAACGCUACCGCCCCGUAAGAGUCAGACGCCAACACGGAUAUGCAUCUCCAAGCAGCAUUUGACGCCGCUUCAAACAUUGCUCCAAAUGGGCUUUCCACGGCACAGAGCAGAGAAAGCUUUGGCGUCGACAGGGAACCGAGGUGUGCAAAUCGCUUCGGACUGGCUGUUGGCUCAUGUGAACGACGCCUCUUUAGAUGAGUGCGCCCCACGCGAAUACAUCAUAUAUGCAUGUCCCACGGGACCAUUCCUGCAGCAGUUGGAGGAGUUCUGGUCAAAAUCACGUCAAAUGUGCGGCUGGAACGGUGCCCACAACUACGUGCCCCACAUCACACUUGUGUCUUUCUUUAAGGCUCCGGACGAAUGCUCGCUGCAGCUUUCAAAGGCUCUGAAGCAAGUGGUCGACAUGACGGGUGCACUAUUGGAUCGCCCACUCAAGCUGGAGCCGUAUAUGAGCCAGAACUUUAUGGGCUUCUUUGUGGCCGAAGAGGAUGCCAACUAUCUGAAGCGUUUGGCUCUGCAAUACGUCAAGGAGGUGUCCAACUCAAUCAUUAGCGAUACGUAUGAGCAGCUGGACGCCAUUGUGGCCUGUUUCCCCUGGUGCGGAGCGGUCUCCUCGGGCACCCGCUGCAUACCACGCAGCAGUCGAUCCAUCUCACUCGAGCCCCACGUAAAGAGCCUGCACCUGACGCUCGCCUACCAGUUCCCGCAGGCACAAUUCAAUGCACUGAAAGCACUCGUGGAAACACUAGACGCCGGCUGUGCCUCCAAUUGGGAACUGCGCCUGUACUCCCGCGAUCCACGGCUCGCCACCAAACAAGUACAGAAAGUCGUCUAUCCGCACAAUCCACACGAAACGGAUGAGCUGGAGCUGCGCAUUGGCGACUACAUCUACUUGAACAGCGACGUUGUCGACAGCUCCAGUGACGGCUGGGCCGAGGGAAUCUCCUGGCUCACUGGCAGCACGGGUCACCUGCCCGUCAACUACACCGAACGCACUGCCGAAUCAGACGCUUGGACCCUGCAUCGCGUUGUCCAGCUGUCAAAGAGUGUCGCCUCCUCGCUGACAUCUGCCGAAGAUCUGGACAUUGUGGACGGCCGCAGCAUAUCCACAGAGCCCGAGGAACGUCGGCGGCAGAGUACUUUACAUCCCGAGAUAAUUGAGGGAUCGUCGUUUGAAGAGUCCGAGCAGAGCGUGGAGAAAUACUUGCGACAGACGCUAAAACCCUGCCUGGAACUGCCAUCGGUGCAAUUGCUAAACAGCCACAACUUGAGCCAUCAGCACAAUCCGCACACACCCACAAUUGAGAUAACGACCAAUAUGUCUUCCUGCUCCACAUCGAUGUCCAAGCAGGUGGUGGACGAGAUUCUUGUGGAACCACCGGCAGCGCAGCCACCACGUCCCGAUGACACGCUCAGCGUCCACUCGGAUCACUCGAUGCAUCCAUGCUCGCUGGAUGCCUCGCAGACGAAGAACCGCAAGGUGUACAUCAUGCGUCAUGGGGAGCGAGUGGACUUUACCUUCGGCACCUGGAUCCCCUACUGCUUCGAUGAGUUUGGCAAUUACAUGAGGAAGGACCUCAAUAUGCCCAAGACCCUGCCACGUCGCAAGAACAGCCCCGAGGGCUGGCAGAACGAUUCGCCGUUGACCAAUGUGGGUGUCUUCCAGGCAAAUCUCAUCGGACAGGCUCUGCUUGAAGCUAACGUUCAGGUCGAUCAUGUCUACUGCUCGCCCUCGUAUCGCUGCAUUCAGACGUGCACCAGUGCCCUCGAGGGCCUGCAGCAGAGCGGACAGCACAAGAUCAAGCUGGAGCCGGGCUUGUUUGAGUGGAUGGCCUGGUACCCCAGCGGUAUUCCCGACUGGCUGACCAAGAGUGAAUUGAUUGAGGCCAAGUACAACAUCGAUUUGGAGUAUGAGCCCGUACAGCCCUCGGGGGAGCUGACCGCCAGCCUCAAGGAGUCCACAGAACAGUUCUAUACCCGCAAUCACGAUGUUCUGCUGCAGCUUCUGGAGCGUACAACUGGCAAUAUUCUUGUGGUGGCUCAUGCAACGACACUGGACACUUGCUCACGCCAGUUGACGGGUGGAGCUCCGCGGAGCACCAACGAGCUACGACAGGUCAUACACAAGAUUCCCUACUGCAGUCUGGCCACUGUGGAGCAGGUGGAUGGCGUCUGGAAGCUGGUGGAGCCCGAGUGCCUGCCGGUGACGCACUCGAAGAACCCGAGAUUCGAGUGGAAUGCCUUGGCGACCACCUAGUGCCAGUGCUUGGAGCAGUUUCUAUGCAAGCACUGAGACUUGAUCGAGCCUAUCGAGAAAGAAUUUUAGCUCGCUUUUGUCUGCUUUUGUCCGCUCGAACAUUGAAGGUGCAAGAAAAAUUGUUUUGUGACUGCCAUAUACAUAAAAACAAAUAAGGAACGAUACUGAAAGCUAUGUAGAUAUGGAAUUCAGUUUUGUUGCGAUACAAUAAUGCAUAUUAAACAUAAAUCAAUAAUGCUGCAUUAGCCAGUUGAAGGGAAUCGAAUCAAGAGAGGCGAGACCCAGUACUUUAUUGCAAUCAAUAUGCAAACCAAUAUAUAUUUACGCAGAGUAUGAAUACCACUAUAUCCCAGUACUUUUUGGAGCAGUAGCUCAACGCUUUAGAAACAUGCAAAACAUAUAUAGUUUAGCUUGCCCUGUUACUAGUUUAGUUAGAUCACUCGUUAAGCCUUUGCUGCGUAGCGCAGUGUUUGAUUAGCAACCUAAUAAAUGCCAAGAGGCAGAGUUCUUACCAUCAACACAAAUGUUGAGAUUAUAUCCAUACGUAAAUCCUCCUAUAUCCUAUACAUAUAUAGUCUUUAUAUAUCGAUCGUAUCGAAUAGUUUUAGAAGUAUCUACAACAUAAUGGAACAAUAAACUAUACAAUAAUACAUUUGUAAUGCCAAAUUUUCCACCCACCCAAUCCAACUCCACAUAAGUAGAACAGAAAUCCACGUGAAUAUUGAUCGCAGUGUCUUGCACGACUCUGAAGGGGUCGAUUCUUUAUUUAUUGCGCAUAGAAUUAGAUUAGUAAUGUAAUUUGUUUUAGUUUUUUAAAUCUAUUAAUAUAAUUGCUGAACGUUUUGUUUUUACUUGAAUUACA